GGAGCGAGCGGCAGAGCCGGAAGUGCGGCCUGCAGCUAACGCGGCGGGGCAAGAUGGCGGCGACCAAGAGGAAGCGGCGUGGGGGCUCGGAGGUUCAGGCAAAGAAGCCGAAAAGGAGCCGGAAAGAUGCCGGGCAGCCCGCUAAGCCGGACGCUGUGGCGAAAGAGGUGGAGGAGGAAGAUAGAGAUCGCAUUCCAGGUCCCGUUUGCAAGGGCAAAUGGAAAAAUAAGGAGCGGAUCCUCAUCUUUUCUUCGAGAGGAAUAAAUUUCAGAACAAGACACUUAAUGCAGGACUUGAGAAUGUUGAUGCCCCAUUCUAAAGCAGAUACUAAAAUGGACCGUAAAGAUAAAUUAUUUGUGAUAAACGAGGUCUGUGAAAUGAAAAACUGCAAUAAAUGCAUCUACUUUGAAGCUAAAAAAAAGCAGGAUCUCUAUAUGUGGCUUUCAAAUUCACCUCAUGGGCCGUCUGCUAAAUUCUUAGUUCAAAAUAUUCAUACCCUGGCUGAACUGAAGAUGACUGGAAACUGCCUGAAAGGUUCUCGCCCCCUUUUGUCUUUUGACCCUGCUUUUGAUGAAUUGCCACAUUAUGCUUUGUUAAAAGAACUCUUAAUUCAGAUCUUUAGUACACCACGGUAUCAUCCCAAGAGUCAGCCAUUUGUGGACCAUGUGUUUACAUUCACCAUUCUGGAUAACAGGAUAUGGUUUCGGAACUUCCAGAUUAUAGAAGAAGACGCUGCUCUAGUGGAAAUAGGACCCCGCUUUGUCUUAAAUCUCAUAAAGAUUUUUCAGGGAAGCUUUGGAGGACCAACUCUGUAUGAAAAUCCCCAUUACCAGUCUCCAAACAUGCAUCGGCGUAUCGUAAGGUCCAUCACAGCUGCAAAGUACAGAGAGAAACAGCAAGUCAAAGAUGUUCAGAAACUGCGGAAGAAAGAACCAAAGACUGUUCUUCCACAUGACCCCACUGCAGAUGUCUUCGAUAUACCAGCAGAGGACAAGCCAGUAGAAAUACAGUGGGUGAAACCAGAGCCUAAAGUAGACCUGACAGCGAGAAAGAGAAGGAUUUACAAAAGGCAUCGGAAACUGCAGCAGAAGAUGAACAGGGGGAGUGCAAAGUGAAUCAGUGGAUAACUAUCUUUUUUAGUUACUGGAUAUUUAUUUUGUAUUCCAUGUGUAAAUACUUUUAGUUCAAGAACUAGCUAUGUCUAAUUAAGGUACCAUUUUAAAAAAUUAAAAUCUUAAAGGCAAUGUUGGUCUUUUUCUAAAUAAAGCAUCUCCAGAAUGCA